AUGAACAACCCCUCCCCAACCUCCCCAGAAACCAUCGAUACCGAUCCCCGCCACUAUAACUGGAGUAUCCCGGCCAGUCUGACGAAUGCGCUAGACUAUCUGCUUCCCAAGCGGAAGGGGAAGUCAGCGGGGAUUGUAUCGUGUGGGUCGCGGGGUGAUGGGAAGGCGGCGGACAAUCAUUUGCGAGGUACUUUGACAGGUCUGAGGAUGAGGGUUGUGAAGACGGCUCCUGGUUUGCCUGUGAGGUAUACGGGGUUGCCGGUGGGGGCGUUGUGGGAGGAAGAGGUGAAGGUCGAGUUGGAUGGGAUUCUAGUCAAUAAUAGGGACUCGGAUCCGCGUGACCUAACGACUGCGCAGCACGUGGGAAUUGUCCGCAGGAAACUCGUCGGCGUCGACUAA